GAAACCGCGGCUGCCGGACCCGGAGACGAGUCUGUGUCGCCACGGCGUGAGCCGGACUGGCCGCUGGGCCUCGCUUGGGCCCCGCGGAGCCUGACGCCGCCCCCGGCGCGGCGGGGAGGAUGGUGCCGAGCGGCCCCGGGCCCGCCGCGCGCCGCCGCGAGUGAGCUCUGAGCGGCCGCGGGCGGCCGCCGACCAGCUGGCCCGUCUGGGCCCGGGGCGCGCCGCUGCCCACCGGGGCGGGGUGGAGCUGAUGAGAAUAAUGUUCAGCGUCAACCCCCUGGAGAACCUGAAGCUGUACAUCAGCAGUCGGCCUCCCCUCGUGGUCUUUAUGAUCAGUGUCAGCGCCAUGGCAAUAGCUUUCCUGACCUUGGGCUAUUUCUUCAAAAUCAAGGAGAUUAAGUCACCGGAAAUGGCGGAGGACUGGAAUACGUUUCUGCUGCGGUUCAACGAUCUGGACCUGUGUGUGUCCGAGAACGAAACACUGAAGCACCUCACAAACGACACCACAACCCCGGAGAGCACGGCGGCCAGCGGGCAGGCCAGAGCGUCCACCCAGUCCCCGCAGGCCCUGGAGGACGCGGGCCCACUGAACAUCUCAGUGGCCAUCACACUGACCUUGGACCCGCUGAAGCCCUUCGGAGGGUACUCCCGCAAUGUCACCCAUCUGUGCUCCACCAUUCUGGGCCAUCAGAUUGGACUUUCGGGCAGGGAAGCCCAUGAGGAGAUCAACGUUACCUUUACCCUGCCCACAGCUUGGAGUUCGGACGACUGUGCCCUUCACAGUCACUGCGAGCAGGUGGUGUUCACCACGUGCAUGACCCUCACAGCCAACCCUGGUGUGUUCCCCGUCACCGUACAGCCACCGCACUGUGUUCCCGACACGUACAGCAACGCCACGCUCUGGUACAAGAUCUUCACAACCGCAAGAGACGCCAACACAAAAUACGCUCAGGAUUACAACCCUUUCUGGUGUUACAAGGGGGCCAUUGGAAAAGUCUAUCACGCUUUGAAUCCCAAGCUUACAGUUAUUGUUCCGGACGACGACCGUUCAUUAAUAAAUUUGCAUCUCAUGCACACCAGUUACUUCCUCUUCGUGAUGGUGAUAACCAUGUUUUGCUACGCCGUCAUCAAAGGCAGACCCAGCAAGUUGCGUCAGAGCAAUCCCGACUUCUGUCCUGAGAAGGUGGCUUUGGCCGAUGCCUAAUCCCACAACUGCCCGUUCUCUAAGAGAGACGGAGAGAACCAUAAUCAAUGCCUGCUGAACCCAGCCUGGGCCUGGACACUCUGUGAAUAUAUUAUCUCGCAAUGUUGGGUUAUUCCAGCCAAAGACAUUUCAAGUGCCUGUAACUGAUUUGUAUAUAUUUAUAAAAACCUGUUCAGAAAUUGGUCCGA